AAAAAAACAACAACAAAAGACCAAAUCAAAACAAAAGAAAAGCGCACAAAUUAAUUCUAUUAACUUCAAGUGAACUCAACAUGGACACGGGCAAUGUUAUGGACAUUUAUGCAAUUUAUUUAUUCCGACCCGGAAGUUCUCCCGUUGAUUGGUGCGAGGGCAAUUAUUUAAUAUCAUCGAAUAUUGCUGAGUUCGUCAACACGUUCAGCAACUUUCUGUUCAUUCUACUGCCGCCAGUAUUAAUUGUGCUGUUUAAGGAAUACGGACGAUUUGUCACGCCCGGAAUACACUUGCUGUGGGUGCUGCUGAUUGUCGUGGGUCUGAGUUCCAUGUACUUUCAUGCCACGCUCAGCUUGUUGGGUCAACUGCUGGAUGAACUGGCCAUUCUGUGGGUGUUUCUAGCCGGCUUCGCGCUGUUCUAUCCCAAGCGAUACUACCCAAAGUUCGUGAAGAACGAUCGCAAAGCCUUCAGUUGGCUCAUGUUACUGUCGGCCAUUAUCGCAACGGCUUUGUGCUGGUGGAAGCCCAUAGUUAAUGCCUUUGUUCUUAUGCUCAUGGGCGUGCCGACAAUGAUAAUGCUCUACACUGAGCUGCAGAGAGUUCGAGAUCAGCGAGUUUAUCGCUUGGGCCUGCGUGCCACAACCGUUUGGGGCGUGGCCGUUUUCUGUUGGAUCAACGAUCGCCUGUUUUGCGAGGCCUGGUCCUCAAUCAACUUUCCGUAUUUGCACGGUUUUUGGCAUAUAUUAAUAUUUAUAGCCGCCUACACGGUGCUAGUUCUGUUCGCAUAUUUCUAUGUAGAGUCCGAGCUGCCACAGCGCCAGCCGCUGCUCAAGUAUUGGCCAAAGAAUGAGUUUGAGUUCGGCAUACCGUUCAUAUCUAUAGGAAAUCCAGAUUCGAAAGAUUGGCAUAUCUACUGCAGCCUAUACAUGCAACAUAUCGACACAACAGACUAAAGCUCAGUUAAAGAAUUCUAAUUUCUAUUUAAAUCUAUGCUUAAUUAAUGAUAGUUGAAAGUUGAUGAGAUAUUGAGAUAGUUUCAUAUUUGUAAUUGGGGGUUAUUAUUUGCAUCAAAAAUGCUUGAAACUUGUUUAUUGUAAAGUUUCUCAAAAAGUUUAUUAAAUACACUAACCAAUAAAUAGGUUUAGUGGUUAUUUUGUUGGAUUCCCGU